AUGUGCAGAUGGACGGCGUCCGCAGUUCAUUUCUGUCCUGAAGCUGCCCUCAGCACCACCACUACUGCAGCCUCUGCUGGUUCACAUUUCCCCCUGCCUAGUGCAGCCUCACUCUGCCUGGCAUGCUUCACCGUGCUCUUGGUCACCGCUGGUACUGUCACGGGGGCCUGUCCUCCUCGAGUAGGGCAUGAACCCCUUCAGGUGCUCGCAAGUGGAAUCAACUGUUCAUGGACACUGGAAAGGCACACUCGCAGUUAUAAUCACUUAGAGGGUGACGUCCGACUUCGGCGACUUUACUCUGCCAACAAGUUCUUCCUCUGCAUUGACAAAACCGGCAAGGUGGACGGCACUCGACGUAAAAACUACGCUGACAGCCUGAUGGAAAUCCGAUCUGUCAGUGUGGGAGUUGUUGCCAUCAAAUCUGUCAGCACCGGGCUGUACUUAGCUAUGUCCAAGAAAGGCACGCUCUUUGGAUCGGUGAAGUACAACCCGAGCUGCAAGUUUAAAGAACGCAUUGAGGAGAACGGCUACAAUACAUAUGCUUCGCUUCGCUGGAAACACAGCGGCAGGCAAAUGUUUGUUUCGCUGAAUGGGCGCGGUAAACCGAGGCGGGGUCACAAGGCUAGACGGAGACACCCAUCUACUCAUUUCCUGCCUAUGCUCCCCUCGUAGCAGUCCAAGUCUGAACUCUGACCAACAACUGGAUGGCUCACCUCCUUCCGAGGACUAGUGUUGAUGUGGCUGUGACACAAUGUGUAUUUUUAUUAUUCCAUCCUCUUGUCACAUAAAUGUACAUUUGCUGAGGUCUGUAACAUUUGUAGAGGUAGUAUAAUAUCUACUCUUAAGUUAUUUUCUGCAUUUUCUAAUGAUGUUCAGUAAUACAGCACAAUACAGUAGAACUACGCUACGUUCAGACAUCUGUCUUGCCACCAAACCACCUGUGUUUGUAGCGCACAUGUUUGAGGUGAGAGGACAGAAGGGGAGAUAGCGAGACAGGGGCUUCCAAAUGAUAAAAUUUGGAACACAUCACUAUUAAAAGAGACCCUUAUAAGUCAGUGGGCAGGAUCAAAUUCUACUAUUAAAAACAUCUGCAUAGUAGCUCUGUUCCAACAGCUUGGCUUCAUUUUGCUGUAUAUUUAGCCUCACAA